UGUAACGUGUUCUCUAUAUGCGUACUGGUCGAAAAUAUUAGGCCUAUGUAUUGAGGAACUAUACUAUUAUAAAUACAAGUAGAAAACAGCGGCGGUUGGUGAAUAAAUUAAGUGAUCUGAGUUGGGAAUUAAUAUCCAGAGGCUUCCCGGUGUUCGUUGAUCAUGUAACAAGGAGACGGAAUGGACUCCAUGGAUUACAAGUUAAUUUUUUAAUGUGAGAAACCUGCUGAAAAUACCAUGAUCGUCGCAAGGAAAGCACGUAGAGUGAGCAGUCGACUCUCGUUGAGUUUAUCAUGGGCAUCCGUGUUAUGGACGGGCAUUGCAAUUAUUGUGCUUUAUGUCAUCCAAUACCAAGUUUACCAGAAAUACCAUACAGUUUACAACUCAGAAAAAGAUACUUCAGACAAAAAGUCAAUAAUGGAAAGUCCGAUUUUUGGUAAUAAUAGUAAUAAUAACAAUAAUAGCGUCAUAUUUACCCAGGGUAGCCACUUCAGUUCCAAAAACUGUUCUCCCAGCGGGCCCUGCUUUGGUACAAACAAAAGCAACGUUUAUGAUUCAUUGAGAACAAAAAAGGUGGAUGUGCAACAGCCAAAUAGUUCUGAUCUCCAGGUGAAAGCUAAAAAGCUCUUUGACGACGGGAAAUGGAACUCAUCUUUUGUUUCUUCUCAUCAUAAACACUAUCCUGUUAACUGUGCAGCCAUAAUACGAGGAGAUCGUCAGUCUAUUACCAUGGCAACAAAGAUGUUGAAGACAAAUGGAAAAAAGAUACCAACAGAUGUUGAAGUCAAGAACUGGACCAGUGACUGUGAGCAUUACCGUAGUAAACGAAGAUAUCCGGUAUUCCCAAGAUCAAAGGAAGAAGAAGAGUUUCCAAUAGCAUACAUUAUAGUCACCCACUCAGAAUCCUCACAACUUGAAAGAUUACUCCGUGCAGUGUAUCAGCCUCAGAAUGUAUACUGUAUCCAUCCAGAUGCAAAGUCACCUUCAUUAUUUCAGGAUUCUGUUCGAUCCCUAGCUGAAUGCUUUCCAAAUGUUUUCAUUGCCUCAAAGACAGUCAAUGUGAAUUAUGCUCAUUCUAGUCGUCUUCAAGCAGACAUCAAUUGCAUGUCAGAUCUCCUGCAAAGACCAGAACCUUGGAACUAUGUCUUGAACCUUUGUGCACAAGAUUUUCCACUCAAAACCAAUCUGGAGAUCAUUCAUCAGUUGAAGGCUUUCCAAGGAUAUAAUGACAUCCCUGGUAUCCUAGCACCAGAUUGGUUUGAUCACCGGACUCGCAUACACCAUGAAUUCCGAAAUAACAUGAUGAUCAAGAUGAAGGAUGUCCCAAAGCCACCACCUCCGCAAGACUUCCGGUUCUUCUUUGGCAAUGCCUACUAUGCUGCCACUAGGGAGUUUGCUAACUACGUCAUCCACAACCAAACAGCUAUAGACCUAUUGAAAUACAGUGAAGACACUUUCAGUCCUGAUGAACACUACUGGGUGACACUCCACAGGAUACCUGGUGUUCCUGGAGGGUACACCAAGUCAUCUUGGAAUAGCACUGUCAGGUUUAUCCACUGGAAGAACACUUUCAAGACACCUGAAUGUGUUGGUAAAUACGCGAGAAACAUCUGCAUCUUCGGAGCGGGAUAUGUUCAACAUCUAGCCCAUGCUCGCCACCUCUUUGCAAAUAAGUUCCACAUGUCGUAUGAUCCCAUUGCUAUUCAAUGUAUGGAACAGUUGUUGGAUUACAGAAAUGCUAACACAGAGGCUAUCAAAGACUAUGUUCCAGAAUUCCCUGCAACUCAUAUGUUUGGACUGAAUUAACAUUCAUCUUAUACUACAGUUACCACAACAAACCGACUCCAGGGUGAUAAUGUUAUCUCCUAUGACGUCUGUCAGUAAGGAGUUAGUUUCACUGAUCAUGCUAUUGUGAUUCAAUGUAGCAGAAAAAAAAUCAUGUUUACAUUAUAUUACUUGUAUACAUGUAGGCCUAAUAGUCCACGAGAAAUAAGGUUUGACCGCAGGCAAAUUGCAAUAGAAUAUUUUUCAACGCAGUGCAUUUUCAUGAAGUCCCUAAAAUGACAUACUAAAA